GGUGGAGCCUGAACCUGGCUGGAUCAAAUUCACAGCCAGGGAUUGGCUGAAUAAACCGGAGAAUCUCCGCUCAGCGAGUUGGAAAAGUGAGAUCGACACGGAAAUCCAGACAGAAACUUCUUGCGACGGUGAGGGAACGUUCACACAGCCUCUGUAAUUCUGUCUGUUUUUGCUGCAUUUGUCCUAGUCCCCUCUCCUCCCGCUGACCGACCUGUACUAGGCUGGUGAGGAGGUGUGGGAUCAGAACUGCGGAGGGCUUCAUUUACCCCGGAUCAUCCGGACCUGCCCAUCUGUAAUGAGCGACUAACGCAUUCUAACCGAAUCGCCCCGGGAGCAGCAGCACCGCCUGAGUUCUCGGUGCAUGAUCGGCUAUCCAGGACCGCGAUAAACCCCGGCCGGUACCAACAUCAGAGCAGAGAAUCCGCCCUGCGGACAGGCAGCCGCUUGACACAGUGAGUCUCACAAACAGCAACCCGGCCCCUCCCCCGCAGCUACUAACUGAGGUCCGCCUGAUUCUCUGAUACGAAAUUGGAAGAAAACGACUUGAAAAUAUAUCCACACGGAGACUGAACAUUCUUGGUGAAUUAGUUAGACCUACAGUGAGAGAUUUACUGGAAGAAAAGCCCACAACUGGAAAGAAAUCACAACUAAAGACAAGGGAAGAUCAACAAGUGCCCGAGUGCUGAGAGCAUCAACUGGAGAGAACCCAUCUGACUCAGAGUUUCCAUUGAUUCAGUCAGGAGAAAAUUUGCUCAUUGCCAGCAGGUGGAGCUUUCUGCCACCCAGACGGCAGAUGAGAAGACGACAAUCAACCAACCUCAGUCAGACUCAGAAUGGACACAGAUCUGAAGUCCGCCAUCUCCGCCUUCCUGUCAAAUUGUGAGGAUCACCAACUGUUCCAGUUGACGAGUUUCUACAUGGAGCGACUGGAGCAGGCGAUUGAGCAGGGCGUGGAGGAAGUCAAUUUCAUGUUAACUCAUGAUCAUCAUUUCAAUGAGCGAGAGUAUCACAGCGUGACUGAGCUCGCGGAGAAGGGAAACCGAGCGGGCGCUUCCAAACUCCUCCUGGAUCUAGUGAUGGAGAAGGGCUCCGGGGCCCGGAAGGUGAUGUGGGAAUCCUUUGUGAAACUACAUCACCACUUACCGAAGCUGAGCAGAAUAUUGGACGAAAUACGGGAACGAGAUGUUCGAAGGAAACACAUGGAGACUCUGCGGGCACAAACUGAAACACUAAGAGUGAACAAGAUCCUGAUGAGGGAGAAGGUGAAGGUUUUCCAGCUGGUUGAUCGAUACGCUGAGCUCACGGUCAUUUCUACUGUUCGAGAUCGGACACUGGUGGAACAUGAGCUGCGGGCAAGAGGCAGAGACCACGAGAAGUGGAAAGAAAAAGGUCUCCGUGGUAAGCUGGAAAAAAUCCGGACUGAUCAGUUAUUCAAGAAGAGUUUGAAUAUUGAAAAAUUGAAAAGAUCUAUCUUUAGAAACAAAUCAGGGAUGUCCGCAGCAGUGGCUGGAGUCCCAGGGAUCGGGAAAACAACAAUGGUACAAAAGAUUGUUUACGACUGGGCCACGGGGAAGAUAUACCAACAAUUCCAGUUUGUCUUCAGUUUCAAAUUCCGGGAUUUAAACUCCAUUAACUGCAGAAUAAACCUGAAGGAACUGAUUCUGCAUCAGUAUCCUUACUUUGGGAAUAUCCUGGGAGAGGUCUGGAAACACUCAGGGGGACUGCUGUUCAUAUUCGAUGGAUUGGAUGAAUUCAAGGACAAAAUCAACUUUGCUGAUGGUCGGAGAGACACAGAAUCACCGUACACAGAUCCUGAAAUCAAGUGCAACGUGUCUGACAUUGUGUACUGUUUAAUCCAGGGCAAGCUGCUCCCAGGGUGUUCAGUGCUGGUGAACACCCGCCCCACUGCGUUACAGUUAUUGGAAAAGGCAAACUUCAGUGUCUGGGCUGAAAUCCUGGGAUUUAUUGAAUAGGAACGGAAGGA